AUGGAGAGAAAUGUAUCUUCAUCACUGAUCUCGACCUCUCCCCAGACUCAUCUCCCUCUCAACAACACCGCUGACAUCAAUGCCACAGCAAAACCCUUCAGUGUGUUUGACGGCUGCGAUAAUCAGGUAGAAGGCAUCCUCUUUGACCUGACCGUGCAGAGCAUCAACGUAAUCGUGGGAAUCCCAGCCAACUUACUUGUCAUAGCGAUCCUCAUCCGCAAUCGCAAAGAACCCACCACUUCAGACAUAUUCUUGGGCUGCCUGGCUUUCAUGGAUGUCUACUUUAGUGCCAUGACCCCAUUCAGCUUCCUUAACCUUUACCACUGGCAGAGCAAAGACGUGUGGUCCGCACUCAAGUUUUCUUACGGUGUGAAAGACACGAGCGGUCCAUUGUUUCUCUCCUGUAUCUGCCUAGAUCGCUUUGUAGCUGUGCUCUUUCCAAUUAGGUUUGGGCAGGUUAAACACAUCAUGUACAGGUUAAGCCUCUCAUUGUUGGUAUUCUGCCUUACAUUUGCUUACUCUGCAGCCAAGACUGUGGGAAACCUCCCCAACUUCGAAAAGGUGUUCACUUAUGAGAUGCUGGCAGCAUUUAGUUGGAUGGUUGUGUGUAAUGCGUCCAUCCUGUGGGCCCUGAAGAAGUCCAGCAGGACAGGGAAAAAUGAGAUGCACCCCAUGAAGAAGAAGGCCUUCAAGACGGUGCUGUCCAUCCUUUGUAUCAUUGUGUUUAACUACCUGCCACCCGUAGCACUAUUUCCUUUUGAAGACAUCUACUCCCCUGAUGUGUUUCGCUGCUAUGUGCAGCCUGUAGGCUUCGCUUUCCUCAACAUCAGCAGCACCAUCCAGCCGCUCGUCUAUCUGUGUCGUCUGGAGAAGGUGCCCUUCUUCUCAGACACCUGCGUUAAAAAGUGCUGCACCUGUAUCUAUCCAGAGAACAAGAAAACCCCACCUGCACAAAACCCACCUGCUUAG